AUGCCAUUAUCAGGAACUCCAGCACCCAACAAGAGGAAAAAGUCACCCACAAAAGUCAUCAUGGAAAUAACUGCUUCAAGAGAAGAACAAGAUAGCUCCAGGCUAAACUUAGGGAAGAAGAUCAGUGUCCCCAGGGACAUUAUGCUGGAGGAGCUUUCUUUACUGAGCAAUAAAGGCUCCAAAAUGUUCAAGCUUCGCCAAAAGAGAGUGGAAAAAUUCAUCUAUGAGAACAAUCCAGAUGUGUUCAGUGACAACUCCUUGGACCACUUCCAGAAGUUUAUACCAUCUGUUGGAGGACAGCUAGGGGUCGGUGGACAAACAGGUGUUGGUGGAGGUGGCUAUGGAUUAAUACAAGGCAGUGUUCAUCUGGUAUCUAGUCUAUCUGGAGGGCAACAUGGAGCUGGAGGUCAGCACCCACCAGUUCCUCCACCAAAGCCAGGAAGUAAAGGUGGUGCAGGAGGUCAGCAAGGCACUGGUAGCCCUGGUGGACAAGGUGGCAUCGGAAGUGUUGAUGGUUCUGGAGGCAAAGAUGGUCAGUCAGGACAGCCAGGAAGUGAAGGUGGAAAACAGAUCACUAUAUUUAAGACCUACCUUUCUCCAUGGGACAAAGCCAUGGGAAUUGACCCACAACAGGCAACUAAACUUAAUGUCAACUUGUUGGAAUAUGGUAGCAAGGCUGAUCUUUGCAAAUACAAAUCAUUUAAUAGGACAGCAAUGCCUUUUGGAGGGUAUGAAAAAGCAUCAAAACUGAUGACCUUUCAGAUGCCUGAAUUUGAUGCUGGACCUGAACCUGAGCCUGUGACUGUCUUCAACCCGAAUGUCACCGACAGACCGUCCUUCAACAGGACACCAAUCGGAUGGUUGGGAUCUGGUGACACCACAAACUACAACAUUGAACUUAAUGUGUUGCCUGUUGGUGGUGAAACGGAUGAACUCUAA